UUCCUGACACUCGCGACACCGUCGCAGAAAGCGCCGGCGCCGCCAUGUCCACGGUCGCCGCCGAACAACCCCACGCCCAGCGCGCCCCGCCUCCUCAUCCUCCCCUGCCGCUGCACUCCCUCACCGACGUCGACCUGGAAAACAUCCCCAUCGGAGACCUCCCUUCCGUAGCCGACUCAAUCAUCUCCAGCCUCUCCCAAAUCUCCGAUCCGGAAACCGCCCGUAUUCUUGAUCUCCUCCCAAAAUGCCUCGAGCUAAUCCGCAACUCGAGCGAAAUUGAAAACUCCAGAGACUAUCUGAACUCGUUGAUCGAUCGUCUUCUUAGUUGCGAUUGGUCUAACCUUAUUCUAGUGAAAAUGGUCUCAUUAAUCCGUGAACUUUCAUUUCUCGACAAGGGGAGGUGUAGAGAAAUUCUAGAAAAGGUGUUUGGCAGAAUGAGGGAUGUCGAAUUGCAAGACUUACCUUCGCUCGUGUACCAAUUGUUGGUUUUGGCUUCCAAGGGGUUUGGCAAGAGGGAGGUGAUGGAAGGGAUAGUGAAGUUCUUCGGGUCAAAAAUGGCGUCUAGGCCGAGCUCGAUCGCCCGUCAGGUCGAAGGCACUGUGUUGCUACAUGUCAAUUUUGCAGUGAAGCAGGACCCUUCUCUAGGGCAAGAAGUUAUUGGGCUGGUGAAAUCGGACCAUCGGGCCUUUAACCAUUUUACUGUUGCACUGUUGUUGUCAAUUGCAAGAGUUCGGAGGUUCAGUGAGAGUUCGACUAGGAUUUUGAAGACUGCAGUAGUUACAGCCUACCGUGAUUACAGUUUUGCCACGGUCUGCAAAUGGCUACCAGAUGGCUUGAAGAAGGAAUAUCAGCAAAGUGCUGAAGUAGUGGAGAAGGCUGUACUGAAAGCUGUGAGCGAGAGCAACUACGGAAGAGAGCAUAUUGUUCCUAGUAUUGUACAUUUUGGCUUUGUCUUGCUAGAAUCAGUAGAAGAGGGAAACAGUAAACAACUUGGCAAGUCUGAUGGUCUGAUGGGCAUCGAGGAGUUGGGCGUUCAGAUGCUGAAAACUUUAUUUGAGGUUCAUGAUAUGGCAAGAAAUGAGAUAACUGAACAAUGCAAAUUUCGCAUCCUUUCUUUAAAGCCUGAGCAGAGUUUACCUAUAAUAAGACUGCUUGGUCAUCUGGUUCUGAGGUAUCCAUAUCCCAUGUUGGAGCAUAUUUCACGUCUGAAGGAACUGUUGGAUUAUUUCACUUUCAUGCAUGGAAAACUUUCUUCCCAUCUAGUUGCCAUUCUAUUACCCCUCAUCAAGUUCAGCCGUGAUCUUCUGGAUUACAUCAUUUUAGUUGUGCGCAAGGCUAUGUUCAGCCGAGAAUAUUCUGUUCGUCUUGCAGCAACAAAUGCCAUUAUUGGUUUGAUUCUGGCUGAAAAGCAAUCAAAAACAGAUGGUCCAAACUCUUUUCAAGAAUCAUCAAGCCAAGCCAGUUGCAGCCAGCAAGCUGAAAUGCCCUGUGGCAUGGGUGUUGGUCUUUUUCAAGACCUGAGUGGUUUGCUGCAGAGAUGUCUUUACCAGCCGGCAAAAAUCAAAGAGAUAGUGUACCAUGGGCUUGUGAAAGUCGUGUUGGUGAACUCAUUCUCUGCAGGAGCUGUCCUUGAUUUCCUCUUGCCUCACUUCCUUCGGUUUUAUAAGGAGGAUGAAGAUGUUCUGCUCAACAUUAUUCAUUGUGUUAAAUCAGAGAGUGGGAAAGUAUACAUUGAAGAGCCAUUAGAUUGCCUUCUGUCUUGCAUCUCUUGGAUUCUUCUUCUUCAGCCUCGUGGUAAAACCAACCAUCCAGAAGAUUCAUGGGCUUGCUUUGGUUUCUCCCUUACUCCAGAGAAUGAGGGAGGAAGGAUAUCUUCUGGUGAGCCACUGUCCACUGCUUUAUCAAAGAUCCGGAAAUUACUGAGAACUGGAAAUUUGGAAGGCUUAUUGGGUCUGACUCAGGAUGCUGGCUCCUCACUGCUGCAAGAAGAGAAGUACAAAUACUGUGCUUUUGUUUUAUCAGGAGUUUUUGAGGUGCUGCUGAACAUGGUUGCCACUGAAAUGCAGAAAGUGAAUGAUGCAAAAAGAGUGGAUUAUGAGAAAGAGCUUAUUGAGCUUGUUGAUGCGUACACAUCUUUGGCAAAGUACAAAUGCACAUCUAAACAGGGUAAUGGUAUGAGAAGAGGGAUAAUAGGAUCUAGUGCUAAAGGUACACCAGAUGACUUUGAUGCAAGCAACACAAAAUUUUCUCAAGAGAAAACACCUUUCUUGGCAACUUCUAGUAUAUAUCAGAUACUGCAAACAGCCAUGAAAUUAUAUAAAUCUGACUGCUCCACUGACAUUCCAGCUUCCGAGGACCAUAACCAGUUACCCUCAAUCAAGGCAUUGUCUUGCUGUUCUAAAAUUUUUUCAUUUGUUUUGAAUGCUUCCUUUCUUCAAAUAAAGUCUUUUCUUUUUGUUGGAAAUGAUGAUCCAUUGAAGGCUCUUAUCUACGGGGAUAUCAAGGUCUUGGGGCCUCUUCUGCUUAAAUUGGUUUGGCUGCUGAUAUCAGGGCUGAAGUUCGGAAAAGAUCAGAAGAAAAAUGAAGUCAAGGUUAGGAAACAUGUUGAAGACAGUAAGGAACAUGCCCAUAUAGCCUUGGCUUGCCUAAAAGAGUUGAUAGCGAUCAGUUUGUUGGGACCAGACCAUACAGGCUUGAUUGAAGAUUUGGUGUCAGUCUCUUUGCCUGAGCAUGAAUCAAAUAAGCUGGAUGUGGGUUGGGAAGAUGACUGUCGAGAAGAUUUUGGCAUUGAUGAUUCGCACACAAGAAGUAAAGAAUUGUUCAUCAAAAAAUGCAUCAAACCAUUGUUAUCUGAGCUUCUUUCACUUUCAUUUCUCCGUGAAGUUGAGAUACUAUUUGAUAUAACAAUGAUGAUUGGGAACAAGUUACCUUGUGAAAGAAGAAACAUUCUUGGAGCCUGGGCAAUACAAAUCUGCAGAAUCAUUAAUGUGGCAGAUUCAAAAGUAGCAAAAAGUGUAGUUUCACUUGCUCUUUGUUUAAGUUCUCCUCCAAAUGAUUUAGUUGUGGCCCAAGACAUGGCCCAAGAGCUAUUUAAAGUAGUGGGAUCAGAGACAGCUGACCCUAUUGAGAUGUCUGAAAUCUACCCUGUCAUAAAGCAAUCUACGCACACUGCAAUAACUUCUUCCAUGCUGCAGUUAAUUGAAUCAGUUGUAGCAGAAAUGAACCGUAUUAUAAUAAAACUGAAGACAUGUCUAGCAGCAAUUCACAAAGGCAUUCCCCUUUAUUCUAAUGAAGAACAAGCCCCAGUAUUAGCUUUGGAAGAGACACUUUACUUGAGGGCCGAAGCUGUGGUGAGAGUCUUGUCUUCUUUUGUGUUGAUGGAACUUAAAGAUUCUCAAGCGGAACAUUUGCUCAGAUUGGCUGCAAAAUUUUACAAGAAUUUAGCUCAACUGUCAAAGCUUCGGAUUGCUCCUAAGGGCUGCAAACAAGUUUUACCCAGCCUUAAAUUCCAGAAGCUUGUGGAGACUACCUGCAAACAGCUAACUGCUCCUCUGUAUAAUUUUGUGGCACAGGUUCAACGGAAUCAGCAACGAAGUACAAAAAGUAUAAGAAUUAUCAACAAGAUCAAGAGGGAGAAUAGAUGCAUACCUGACUUGAUCUUCCAGAUAGAAGAUUAUGAAAAAUAUCUCAUCCAACUUAGCAAGCUUAGCAAAGUUAAUUUGUUGAGGCAUGCCAAGCGAAGCACUUCCAGGGAUUUCAAGAUAUUAGACCCCAACCAGAUUGUCAUGGAAGAAGGUGCAAACCAGGAAGCCAACCACAAUAAUUCUCCUGCUGCAGCUCAAAAUGAUUCAGGAGAGGAAUCUGAAGACAACGAUGGAAAUGGCUCUCAGGGUGGCUCGUUACCCAAACUUCACAAUCCUUUGGCUGCAGAGGCAUCCGAAUCUGAUGGCGAAGAUGGAAAUGCGCUUCCCAGUGCCAAGAGAGCCAAGAGAAAUAACGUUGUGCAGGACUCAGACUCAGAGGAUGAAGUUUAGCCAUAACAAAUUAAGGGAGCUAAGGCCUAAGAUGGAGCUGCUGGGAUGGGAACUGAUGGAUGUUUGUACAUAUUUUUUGGGAUCUAAUUCUUGUUAGUUUGGAAAUUUGCAUGAAGGAUGAACGGUUAGUGAGAAAACUUUAACAAACUUUAAUGAGUUGUGCAGGAUUCUUCU